AACUCCAUUAGACAUAACCUGUCCCUGCACAGCAAGUUUAUUAAAGUCCAUAAUGAAGCCACAGGGAAGAGCUCUUGGUGGAUGCUCAAUCCUGAGGGUGGUAAAAGUGGAAAAGCACCAAGAAGAAGAGCUGCCUCCAUGGACAACAGCAGCAAACUCUCAAAAGUCAGAGGUAAAGCAUCCAAAAAGAAGCCUCCUCUCCAGUCUGCUCCAGAGUCCACUGCUGACAGUCCUAGCUCCCAAUUCCCUAAGUGGCCUGGGAGCCCAUCCUCAAGGAGCAAUGAGGACUCUGAUGUGUGGAACACCUUCCGACCUCGAACCAGUUCUAAUGCAAGCACCAUUAGUGGGAGGCUUUCUCCUAUUCUGACGGAGCAGGAUGACAUUCACAAUGAAGAGCUCCUUCCCUCCCUAGUGUACUCCAGUGCAUCCAGCAACGUUCCACCAACUGUGACUGAGGAGCUUGAGCUCAUCGAUGGGUUGAAUUUGAUGUCUUCCAGCUCUCAGAUCCAGAGAGAUUCCAACUUUUCCUUGCAGAGCCCGAAUGCAGCUGGUCAGACCACUACUUUUAGCAAUUCACUGUUCAACCCUCUUGACAUCUCAAUUCAAAGUUCUGUCAGCCAUUUCUCUGCCUCUCAUACCUUGGAAGCUCUUCUGACGCCCAGCUCUCCACCUCCAAGGGAUGUUCUGAUGACUCAGGUGGAUCCAGUUCUCCCACAGACUGGUAGCAGGAUGAGCAGCCGAACUCUUCUUCUUCUAGGUGGACAAGCAACACAGAGCAAGAUGAGCUCAGGCAGUCCACAAGGAAAGCCUGCAGAGCAGCAAGCAGAACCAGUUGGUGCCAGUGUUUUGCCAUCAACUCUUCCCAUAGUAACAUCUCCUCAGAACACUGCCAGCAUCACCGUUUUGAAGGCUCCAGUUUCUGCAACGACUGGCCACUCGGUCCAGCUGCCCAGUCCACUGCUUCUUUCUUCUGCUAGCCCUGCCCCCUUGGGAUUGAAUCAGGACAGGCUGCCCACUGACCUGGACAUUGACAUGUAUAUGGAGAACCUUGAAUGUGAUAUGGAUUACAUAAUCAACAGUGAACUCAUGGAUGGAGAAGGACUGGACUUUAAUUUUGAACCCACUCUGUCUACUCCCAGCUAUCCCAGCACCUCACAGGCCUCCAACCACACCUGGGUACCAAGUUAA